AUGAACGGCGCGUUUCUGCAUCUUGUCGACAAACCAUCCUUGGGUCGUGUUCUUCUCCUCAUUCUGCCUGUUGCUGUUUGGUUAUUGCUGGAUGUAUCCACAGUCCUCAAAAACUUCAGCGGCAUAACGUUGAAAGGUUUCACCCCAGAUCUCCUACUGCAGCAUGGGCAGCACCGUCUUGGAGAUGAUGAUGAUGUACCAGGAGGUUCUGCAGAUCUAGCUUAUGACGCCCAUCGCGCUCAGAGAAGUAGAGCUAGCAGGAACAAAGCCUGUAACUAUGCAAAGGGCAAGUGGGUAGCAGAUGUGAAGCGGCCACUCUACUCAGGUAAUGCCUGCAAGCAAUGGCUAUCAAAAAUGUGGUCUUGUCGCGGGAUGGAACGGACGGAUUUCUCCUACGAGGGCUACCGGUGGCAGCCGCAUGAUUGCCAGAUGCCUGAGUUCUCAGGGCCAAACUUUCUGCACAGGAUGAGGCACAAAACUCUUGCUUUUGUUGGUGAUUCGCUUGGCAGAGAGCAGUUCCAGUCCAUGAUGUGCAUUGCAACAGGCGGCAAACACAGCCCUGAAGUUGAAGACGUUCGACAGAAAUACGGCAUUGUCAAAGCUUCGAGUCCUUUCACUCCUGGUGGCUCUGCUUACCGAUUUCCAGAGACGAACACCACCAUCCUUUUCUACUGGUCUCCUACUCUAUCAGAACACGAACCUUUGAUGAACAUGACGACCAAGAAGACUAGCAACGUGUUGCAUAUCGAUCGUCCGGCUGAUUUUUUGAAGAAGUAUCUCCACAGUUUCGAUAUCCUGGUGCUGAACACUGGCCACCACUGGAACAGGGUGAAAUUCUGGCGAAACCAUUGGAAGCUGUACAACGAUGGGAAGCCUGUGGGAAAUGGAACUCUCGUGGCAAAGGACUUCAGCCGUGCGAGGGAGAUCAAACUGCACAAUAUCGCCAGAUGGGUGGAUUCAGAACUUGUACACCAUCCUCGAACGAAGGUUUUCCUCAGGACAAUUUCGCCGGAGCAUUUCGUGAAUGGUGAAUGGAACACCGGUGGAAGAUGCGACAACACCAUCCCACUUUCUAGUGGAAGUGAGGUCUUGCAGGAUCGUUCCGGUGAUUUGGCUGCAGAAAGCGCGGUGAACGGGACACGCCUUAAGCUGUUGGAUAUUACCGCGAUCUCGCAGCUGCGGAGUGAGGGCCAUAUCUCAAACCAUAGUGUCAAGGCUCAGAGGGCCGUUUACGAUUGUUUGCACUGGUGCCUUCCUGGUAUACCAGAUAUGUGGAACGAGCUCCUCUUUGCACAGAUGUACUAA